UGCCAGCAAGAGAGUGGGCUCGCUCCUGCCAUGCUUCAGGCCUGGAUUUCUUGGUGAUAGUAAUGUCUGUGCUAUGGAGGAUCUGGGCUGGAGUUGAGCUCCUGCCGUGGCACCAGCUCUUGCUUUGGUCAAGAACCCAUCAGAAUUGCCCAUCAAGGAGAACACAAGCCCCAACAGCCAGGGUGAAGGAGGGUUAGGGUUGCCCACGAGAGGAAAGAGAGGAACGCUGCUGUUUCACCUUCACUUCGGCCAAAGGCACUGCCAACAGGCAGGUCGGCAUGGCCAGUGCAGGAUGGUCACCUGGAGACGUCCCCGUGGUGGCACCACCUGGCAGCAAGGGCACGGCUGUUUUCCUGCUCUGGGCAGGUUGCCCCAAUGCCACGGUUUGGGGUGUGAUAGGCGCAGCCACAUCAGCAGAUGGAGUCUCACUAUAAAGCACCCACCAGCCCAGGGGCAAGGACACAGGUGAGCCCACCAUGGCCAAGGUUCUGCUCUCCUGCCUGCUGCUGGCCCUGCUGCUCCUGGCCCCAGCCCUGCCUGCCCCACAUGAGCGAGGGCUCAUCUUCAACUUGGACGUCGGGGAGCUGUGCCUGCAGAGUGCCCAGUGCAAGAGCGGCUGCUGCCACCGGAGUAGUGGCCUGAGCCUGGCCCGCUGUGCACCGAAGGCAGCUGAGACACAAGAGUGUUCCCCAAAGAGCCUCUAUGGGGUCUACUACAAGUGUCCCUGUGAGAGCGGCUUGAGCUGUGACGCUGAUAAGACCAUCGUUGGCUCCAUCACCAACAGUGACUUCGGUGUCUGCAAGGACCCCCAAGAAGGGCUGUAGUGAAUGAGGAGACCCCCUCAGUGACCCUGGGCUGCCCCUGUGCCCUGCUUCUCCCUCUCCCCAGGGAUGUCUGGACUUGCCUAUGCUGCUCUGGCUGCUGUGGCAGGGUUUGAGUAAAAAGAGCAUCUUCUGAGCUGCAAGCCAGUGUUUUCACUCAAGGGGUUCCUCCAGCAUGGGAUGGGGAUAAGGCCAGAAGGUUCUGGAAAAAGCAUAAGCCUUACCUGUACAUGUGGUAAUCGUCUAGGCUGGGACGGAUCAUGAAGGGAGCUUAGUUUGGGAGUGCAGGAGGAUGCAGCAGCCCCAGGAUGUGAAGGACCCACUCAGGACCCGAUGGAUUUAAUUUAUUUGCUGCUGUGGCUGCUCUCAUUGGAAAUGUCCCCUAGAAAAGGUUUGUCAUCAGAGGAGAGUGG